UGCAAGUUGAGGGGGGAAAAGGAAGGGAAGGAAUCCAACGAAAAGAAAAUGGAAAGGAAGAGAACGAAGGGGAAGUGAUGGUAAAUGAUAAGCCUAAACAAACGAUGGCUAUGGAGGAUUUUUGGAAGAUUAGUUGGAUCACUGUAUACAUGGGAUCUUCAUUAGAAGAUGAAUAUGCUGCAUUCAGAGAGAAGGUCAAACGAACAGUGUACCUUGACAACCUGUCACCUCAGGUCACUGAAUCUGUGUUGAGAACAGCUCUUGAUCAGUUUGCAACUGUCAAAAAUGUCAAGCUCAUUCCCAACUACCUUGAGCCAAGGAAUGUGCCACAGUGUGCAUUAGUAGAAUUGGAUUCUGCUAAGAAGGCCAAGGAAGUUAUAACAAUGAUUGUGCAAUAUCCUUUCAUGAUAUCUGGGAUGCCAAGGCCUGUAAGGGCAUUCCCUGCAAAAGCAGAAAUGUUUGAUGAUCGCCCUAAAGAUCCUCGUAGAAAGUUAACCUGUCGUUGGUUGGAGCCAGGUGAUCCUGACUUUGAGGUGGCAGAGGAACUGAAGCAGCUUACACGCAAACAUGCUGACGAAGCUGCUUACUUGCACCAAUUACAACUACAAGAAGAGGAAAAGCUUUCAAUGCACCAGGAAGACACACUUAAAGGGCAUUAUAAGAAGUACAAGAUGAUAGAGAGCAUUAUGGACGGAACUGCCCAACGUCUGGCCCGUCAGUAUGAUAUGCGUGUUAACAAUGAGUGAAAGCUUUAUUUGGACUAACAAUACAUGUGAGUAAGAUCUUCUUUAUUGUUUAAGUUAUUUUCUUCCAAAGCUAUAUUGUCCCCUCCAGUUAUCAUGAAUAAUUUAUGCUAGGAACGUCUUUGUAUGGGCAUAUGAUCCAUGUCAAAGAACAAUUUUUAGUCUAUUCUUUCCUUUUAUAUUAAGAGGAGCGUGAUGGUGGAUAUUUAAUUAUUUAUGUUGUAUUGAUAUUUGUCAUCAUUACUUAACAUUGUUAUCCGUGCUUUAAAGCCUUAUAACUUUAUUGCCUUGAAAAUUGGGAUUACAUUUAUUAUAAGCUCAUGGAGAAAACUCUGGCGGUGUUGUCUUGUGCGCCUGUUUGUAAUGCCCAAGACUCAAGAAAGAGAGGAUGAGGAUGCAAUGUAAUAAACUCUAUGACAAACAAUAUUAUUUGUAAUUCGGAUGGA